UUCAUUUCGUGAAUUCUACCAAUUAUUCUAUUCAGAUAAAUGUGAUAAGAGUUUAAGAUUGACAAUAAAUAAAGAAAGGUGUUUUCAUUAAAUUUUGUUACAUAUAAUAUGCAUAUAAAUUAGUCAAUGUGGGUUUAAGUUAAUGCUAACAAGUGUGUGAUAGUGCUUCGUAAAAAUGUUGUGAACAGUAGUUUAAUACAAACUGCAUAGAACCAGCGCAAUGGCAGCGGACACCGCAGUCGCACCUACUCCCGAGGAGACCCUGGAGUCACUACUUCGUGAGGCAGAGGCUUUGAAACAAAAAUUAGAGGAGGAGCGACAAAAGCUUAACGAUGUGACAUUGAUGUCUGUGGCGGAGCGGCUGGAGCCCGUCAACUUCCCCAAUGUGAAGCUGCGGCGCGUGCUGAAGGGCCACCAGUCCAAAGUCCUCUGUGCAGACUGGUCACCGGAUAAACGCCACAUUGUUUCCUCUUCCCAGGAUGGUAAGAUCAUCGUGUGGGACGCGUUCACCGCGACCAAGGAGACAACGAUCUCGAUGCCGAGCACGUGGGUGAUGGCCUGCGCCUACGCGCCCUCCGGCAACAUGGUGGCCGCCGGGGGCCUGGACAACAAGGUGACGGUGUUCCCGCUGGGCGGCGACGAGGAGGGCGGGGGC